AUGUCUUCGCGACUGACGACUCGUAGCGACAUCGGGGAGCUCAUGCGACAGGUGUCCUCAUCCAUGGGCUUACCUGCCGGACAGAAGGCAGCGAGCUGUCGACACGGGUAUUUAGGUGCCUUGCUCAAGUGCGACCCACACCAGGGCCUCAGCUCCUCGAAGGCCGCUGCGCGGCUGAAGAAGGAUGGCCCCAACCAGCUUGAGCAAGAGCCUCGCCUGGGGCUCUUCAUGCUCUUCAUCCUCCAGCUCACCAGCUUCAUCAUCAUCCUGCUCAUCAUCGCUGCCAUUGCCUCCAUCGUCGUCAAUGCCACGAACGAGGGCAAGCGUGAUGAAAUCCUGUCCUACACGACAGGGAUGGCCAUCUUCAUCCUAGUCCUUUUGAAUGCCGGCAUUGCCGCCUAUACGGAGCACCAAGCCGGCAACGCGCUCGAUGCUUUGGCGAAGUUGUCGCAGCCGGAGGUGUCUGUGCUGCGCGAUGGCGAGGUGAUGAACAUACCAACGGUGGAUGUGGUCAAGGGCGACCUCAUUUUGCUGGAGACAGGCGACGUGGUCCCGGCGGACCUUCGACUCCUGGAAGCGGCGGACCUGAAAGUGGACGAGAAAGCGCUGACAGGAGAGCCAGACGAUGUGUCGAAGAACACGAAGAUCAAAGAGCAGACGAAGCUCACUCCUGAGAACAUGGUCUUCUCCGGGUGCCCCGUGGCCAGUGGGAAAUGCAAGGGCAUCGUGGUUGCCACUGGGAUGAACACGCGCAUCGGCGACAUCGCCAAGAUGAUGGCGAACUCAGACGACAAGACUGGCGGCGGACCGUGCGACUGCCUACCCACCUCAGCAGAGAACAAGACGCCCCUUCAGGAGAACGUCGAGCGACUGGGCGCGCGUAUUGGCGUCUUGGCCAUCGUCGUCUGUGUGGUGGUGUUCAUCAUCGGGCUGCUGAUUGGCACCAAGGAUCCGGAGUUCCCGGAGAGCCCGCCUUGGGUCUACAUGAUCCUCAUUGCCGUGACCUUGGCCGUCGCGGCGAUCCCGGAAGGAAUUCCUCUUUGCGUCACAAUCUCGCUGGCGAUCGGCUGCCAGGAAAUGGUUGAGAAGAACGUGCAGGUACGGAAGAUCGCCGCGGUGGAAACGCUGGGCUCUGCAUCGGUGAUCUGCAGCGACAAGACCGGAACGCUGACGGAAGGCAAGAUGACCAUGACCAAGAUGUGGUCAUGCGGCGUUGAGUACAACAUCACGGGCCAGGGCUUCGACCCGACCAAGGGACAAGUCCAACGUACCGGAAUGGUCCUGCCCAACGGGGUGAACUCCAAUCGGGACCUGGGUGUGCGCAGCACGUUGCUUUCGGCAGUUCUCUGCAGUGACACAGUGCUGUUCCUGGGAGAGGACCCGGACACUGGCGAGGCCACCUGGCAGUACCGAGGCAACUCCUCCGAGGCUCCCAUCGUGGUGGCCGCGCGCAAGAUCGGGCUGCCGGAAGAUGUGGCCACCGGCUACCGCCGCCUCGUGAACAUUCCUUUCUCUUCCGCGCGGAAGAUGAUGCUCACAGUCUCCGACGUCGCAGGCCGCACGAGCCUGUGCGAAGGGGGCAUGCCCCUCCCCGCCGGCACCACGGGCUUCACCGUCUGCAAAGGUGCCCCCAACUGGGUCAUCCAGAGCUGCAGCAGCAUCCUCCGCGAGGACGGCGGGGUGUAUCCUCUCAGCGAGGACGAGAAGGCACGCAUCAACGCGGGGGUUGUGGACGCCUACUCCGACCAAGCCCUGCGGGUUCUGGCUGUAGCCGUGGGAUUUCGGGGAGAGCCCGCAGCGCAGCUGGAGAACGACGACGUUCCGUUGGACCAGAAGUUUGAGAGCUUAAGGUCAAACUUGACGCUGGUGGGGAUGGUUGCCUCGCUGGACCCCGAUCGCGAGGGCGUUCGGGACUCUGUCUUGGCGGCCCGAGAAGCGGGCAUCCGUGUGGUCAUGAUUACUGGGGACUACCUCAAGACAGCGAUUGCUAUUGCCAGGCGCGUAGAAAUCUUGAACCCCGACGACAACGUGGUGGAAGCUGCCGUCGACUGCAACACCCUGCGUCCCCGGGGGGACGAUGCUUACCUUCCGCAGGAGCACAUGGAUGAGAUUACCAGCCGAGUCCGCGUUUUUGCCCGGGCCAAGCCGGCGGACAAGCUAGAGAUCGUGAAGUCUCUCCAAAGGCAGGGGCUCGUCUGCGCAAUGACCGGCGAUGGCGUCAACGACGCCCCGGCGUUGAAUGAGGCGAACAUCGGCGUGGCUAUGGGCAUCCAGGGCACGGAGGUGGCGAAGGGGGCGUCGGAGAUGAUUCUGACCGAUGAUAACUUCACCUCCAUCGUCAAGGCGGUGGAGAAGGGGCGGUCCAUCUACGCCGGCAUCCAAAAGUUCGUGGCCUUCAUCAUGUCUGUCCACAUUGCCGAGGUGAUCCAGAUCUUCUUCUGCGUCGUGGUGUCCAUGCCGUUGAUGCGCACGCCGCUGCAGAUUCUUUUCCUGAUCUUGGUCACGGAUCUGCCGCCCUCCAUUGCGCUGGGUAUGGAGCCGGGUGAGAGGAAUAUUCUGCAGCAGCCGCCUCGGCCAAAGAACGAGCCGAUUGUGCUGGGAUGGAUGUGGGUGAGCAUUUUGCUGAACGGCUUCGUGCUGUCGGUGGUCAUCAUCGCAGUUUACACUGUCUCUUUGCACCACUACUUGGGUGUCGUGUUCUUGGACGACAUCCUGAAAGCCAAGGAAGAAUCAGGAGAGUCGCAGGACUUGGUGGAUGAGCAGCUCGCGCGCGCCAGGACCGUCGCCUUCAUCUCCCUGGUGUUUUGUGAGAAUGUCCGAGCUUACAUCUGCCGGUCGUUCAGUCAGCCUGUGUGGGUUGACCUGUGCACCAACAGGGUGAUGCAGAAGGCCGUGGCGGUUGCGCAGGUGGCCAUGCUCUGUGCCGUGCUCAUCCCCUUCUUCUCGGACCAGAUCCUUGGCCUCGACGGCCUCAACAUCGGCGCCUGGGGCUGGCUCUUCUCCCUCUCAGGGCCUGCAGCCACACUUGUGCUGUGCGAGCUGAGCAAGCUUCUGACCAAGUGGCAGAUGGAGCGAUACCAGAGACAGGCGCGCCCUGAGCCCAAAAAGCCCUAA